AUGUGGAGGCCGUCGUUUUUGCCAAUUUACGCCCGGAUCCACGCCUGCUGUUCGGUGAAGCUGUUCUUCUUGUCUUUGCUGUCGUUUCAGAAUGCGGCGGUGGUGAUGCUCAUGAGUUACACGCAGCAGCGGCAGGCGUCUGCCGGGGCCGAGCGGUUCGCCGUGACGCACGUGGUGUUGAUGCAGGAGGUCACGAAGCUCUUUGCGUCGCUCGUGUGGUGCGCCGUGGACGUCUACCGCUUCGUCCGGGCGCACGGGGUCGACAUGGACGAGAAGGCGACGGCUUUGGGGGGGCCGGAGGAAGCGCGGCAGCAGCCCACAAAGGUUGCCUUCGUCAAGGAGGCGUCUAGUUCAAGUUGUUCGAGCCUGAAUGAAGACUCCAACUGCAAGAACGGAGUGGCGGAGGGCUUGGAGCAAAUUGCACCGCCAACGAAGGCGGAUGCAUGGCGCUUGUGCAAGAGGCAGUUUUGCUCUGAGCUCCUCCACCAGAGUGCGCUCUGGAUGCUGCUGCCGGCGGUGCUCUACUCUCUUCAGAACUGCUGCAUCUACCUUGCCCUUGCAAACAUUGAGCCAGCGCUCUUUCAGGUGACGUACCAGUCACGAAUCCUCAUCACAGCGUUGUUCAUGAUGUGCUUUCUCAAGCGCACCUUUUCACUGCGGCAGUGGCUGGCCCUCGUUCUGCUGGUGUUCGGCGUCACCGCGGCACAGCUGGAGAACCGGGUCUCUGCGGUUUCGCGGCAGUCAUCAGUGGGUACUUUUAAGGGGAACUACAUAAUUGGCGUCGCCGCCACGGCGGCCUCCUUCACGAUGUCCAGCGCCGCCUCUGUUCUCAUGGAGGGCUUCUUCAAGUCCAAGUCGACUUCGUUGAACUCGUUUACCUCCACGAAAAAUGUACACCUCUCGUUUUACUCGUCUGCGUACUUUGCCGCGCUCCAGCUACUGGGUGGCGUCGGGGGCGGUUUCGCCGAGUUCCGUCAGACCGGCCUCGCGGGCUCUGUUGCGGCGUACUUUCGCGGCUUUGACUACCUCGUCUGGGUGCUGGUGCUGCUGCAGGCCAUCGGUGGGCUGGUGGUGGCGGUGGUGCUUAAAUACUCCGAUAAUAUCAUGCGGACGUUUGCCUCUGGAUUCUCACUCGCCCUGAGUGGCUUUUGCUCCUCCUACCUGUACUCGUUUACGCCGGGCGCGCUUUUUUUGAUUGGCAACGUCGUAUCUAUCGGGGCAAUCACGAUGUACAGCUGUUGA